ACACAUAAAUACCAUACAGUUACAUACAAUCUGAUUAAAGUUUAACUAACUGAAAGAGUAAAAGCAUGUGAAAUACCUACGAGUCAAAAGUUCCCCCAACCUGAAGCAACAAGCCCAUGGCAGGCUGAGGCUGGGCCUAAAGCACAUACCACAAUCUCUAAGCAACAUAAUGUUGCUGAAAAUGCUUCCGUUUGAAGUCAAAGAGUUUCGGAGUGUAUAUUGAUGAAGGUGCACACAAUUGGACCUAUUCGGUUAUACCGGACACUUCUCGAGGUCCAGGUCCGAUUCUGUGCUCUCAGUAAUCAGAUCCGUGGGUGGAUCUUCCUCUUCUCCGGCUGUUGCUUCAGGCAUACUUUCACACUAAAAAACCCGACCGGUGUAAAGGCUAACAUUGAUGUCAACACGUUUAUUUACACAAUCCUGACGUGUGCACUCUUUUUAUAAAUAGUUUUAUAUUGAAAAGUUUAAAAGAUGGACUUUAACGUGAAAAGACUGGCAGCGGACGCUGGUACUUUAUUCAGUCGGGCGGUGCAAUUCACAGAAGAAAAAUUUGGCCAGGCUGAGAAGACAGAGUUGGAUGCACAUUUGGAGAAUCUCCUCACCAGAGCUGAAUGCACUAAACAAUGGACAGAGAAGAUUUUGAAGCAGACAGAAGUGUUACUUCAGCCAAACCCAAAUGUCAGAAUAGAAGAAUUCUUCUAUGAAAAACUAGACAAGAAGGUCCCAACACGGAUGAACAACCAUGAGCUUCUGGGGGAAUCCAUGAUCGACUCUGGGAAUGAAUCUGGGCCUGGAACAGCCUACGGAAACGCUCUGAUUAAGUGUGGCGAGACGGAGAAGCAGAUCGGAGGAGCGGAGCGAGAGUUCAUUCAGAGCUCUGCCAUCAAUUUCCUCACGCCUUUCCGCAACUUUUUAGAAGGAGACUUCAAGACUAUAUUGAAAGAGCGUAAACUGCUUCAGAACAAACGACUGGACCUCGAUGCUGCAAAGACCAAGCUAAAGAAAGCCAAAAUGGCUGAUGCCAGAGCUCUGCUCUGUACUGUCUCUUGUUUUUGUGUCGGCACACAAAAGCCUCUCGGAUCUACCCCUCCACCAGGGGACGUUGGCUAUGUUGCCAAUUUCUCCUUCAUGGUGAAUUUUCUCCAUGUAAAGUGGCUAAAGAUGUGGGCAGAGGAAGUGACAAAGGCCGAGCAGGAUCUGAAGAUGACACAGAGUGAGUUUGACAGACAGGCAGAAAUCACCAGGCUUCUUCUGGAAGGAAUCAGCAGUACACAUGCCCAUCAUCUCCGCUGUCUAAAUGACUUUGUGGAGGCUCAAAUGACAUAUUAUGCCCAGUGUUACCAGUACAUGGUGGACCUCCAAAAGCAGUUGGGAAACUUCCCUUCGGCUUUCUCUUCCAACAACAACCAGUCGACGGCCAGCGGCGGGGCCAGUGUCUCCUUACCCAUCCUGCCACUGUCAACCCCUUUUCCUUCCUCCAAAGGCAAUGCGUCUUCAGGUUUCACCGAGCUGCAGAACUUCACCGGGAGCCGUAAAGCACGAGUGCUGUACGAUUACGACGCCGCGGGCAGCAAUGAGCUCUCCUUAUUGGCCGAUGAGGUGAUCAUGGUGAGCUGCGUUCCAGGCAUGGACUCUGAUUGGCUGAUGGGGGAACGUGGGACUCAGAAGGGAAAAGUGCCCAUUACCUACUUGGAGCUGCUAAAUUAAAAGAAAACGAGUGUUGUUGGAACCAAAACAGAUCGGUAUAGUGUAAUCCAGCUGUGCUGUAUACCGUAUAUGCAAACAAGACGUCUUGUGCUGCUCACAUGCAACAGUAUUUCAUUGGAUGUGACGUCUUGCAGUCUCAGUAUGGGAAGAGGUUCUAACCGGAACAAUGUUUACAAAUGAAUUAAUUCAGAAUUAUUUUUCAAAUGCGUUCGAUGUGACAUGUUUACUGCCAACAUGCCUUGUUAUUAUACAAAAAACUCCAAGAGUGACUUUAUUUGAGUAUUUCAUGUUUACAACAAGAAAGUAUUAAGACUGGUUUGUCUUUUUGUAUGAAUUUUAAAGUGACUUCCAUUAUGUACAAGAACUCUUAUUAGUUUCUAGAACAUUUCAAAGCAAUUCCUGUAGAAGUGGAGAUAUGAAUAUGCCAUAAUUUAUUUUCAGGGUUAAUCAGCCACAUCGUAACUGACAUGGGCCUCAAUUAUUAUCUUCUGCAGUUUACAUUUCUCUUCAUUGUGUUAAAAGUUUAAGCACACAAAGAAAAUGCUUUAUUUGCACGCAGACAAGCCUUUCCUGUUAUGAAUUAUGAAACUGUCCUUUGCAGUUUUCAAAAAGCGCAUGGUAAGGAUACAUCAAGUUAUUAAUUUCAUGAUACAAACAAAAUCUCUUUACUGAUAAUUACUUUUGUUUACCCAUGUGCCUUACAAUCGUCUUCAGGUUGAUGUUUUAAACUGUUUAAAGCAAAAAAAAAAAAAAAAAGAUGAGUGCUAAUUUUACACAUUUAUGCCAUCCUCUAUUUUUUUAUUUACAUUUGUAACUACAAAAGCACAGGUUAUCUAACUGCUUAAAUUCUGAUUACUAUCAUAGAUUUAUAACAAUGUUUUCAUUACAUAAUAAAAAUGUGUAGACUUUUAA